ACAUAUUGGGUUCAUUGGGACAAGCGUCAGGAGCACAUUUAAAAUAUCACAAGACUUGUUUCUGCUGGUUGUCAGCGUUUAGGAGCUGCUGAUAGAAAGUGGCCUUUUUCGCUUGUUUGAGAUUAAAGUUUUUUCGUACGUGUUCCUGACAAAUACAUAUAAUAAAGUUAACGUUUAAACAAGUCCAACUUUCCCCAACAGAACUCUGAGGAGCCACAAACCCCCCGAAUAACUUUAAAAUUCAAUCUGCAUCGGGAUCAUCAGCAGGACGGUCCAGACAAAGACUGACAUCAGUGGGUUUGGCACAAGUGUCAGCCAUGUUGCAGGGAAAGUGACCGUCAGCACUUUUAUCACUGCACUAAAUUUGAGCCAGCCGAGCCAAAGCCGGUCCAAGCUAACUCGCGGUCUGCGGUGUGCCCCUCUGUGUUCGCAGAUUGUGUCCAAGCCCACCAGAACCACCUGAAAGGGGAAUCGAACUGCCUGUUUAAGAUCAAACCCGGCUGCACGGACUCCACACAGGUGGUGGAGGUGUACUGCCAGCAGGAGGGGCUAAUGGGCGGGUGGUUGUUAGUCCAGCAAAGAGAGAGUGGCACGCUCAGCUUCAAUCGCACCUGGGCCGAAUACCGCAAUGGGUUUGGCUUGGUUGACGCGAAGGGAAAGGGGGAGUUUUGGCUAGGCAACCAGAACCUCCACCUGCUGACUAAUCAGGGUGAAACCAUACUGAAGGUGCAAAUGGAGGAUUGGGAAGGGGGCGUAGCCAGUGCUGAGUACACAGUCAGGGUUGGCUUGGAGGUGGAGGGGUACCUGCUGCAUGUGUCUGGGUACACCGGGGAUGCCGGGGACGCUCUGAUAAUGCCUAACUCUGACAUGGCGUCGUACCUGUCCCACAGCGGGAUGAAAUUCAGCACCUUCGACAAAGACAACGACAAGUGGGAGGAGAGUUGCGCAGAGAUGUACGGGGGCGGGUGGUGGUACAACAACUGCCAGUCGGCUAAUCUGAAUGGGAUUUAUUAUAAAGGCACGUACGACCCGGAGAAAAACACACCGUAUGAGAUUGAAAAUGGAGUCGUGUGGGUGACGUAUAAACCGGCCAAUUACAGCUUGAAAACUGUUCGGAUGUUUAUCCGAUCGGCUGCU